AUGAGAGAAUACGGUGCUGAAUCGACGCAGGUGGCAAGAAUCAAGCGCAUGUGCGAGGCUAGGUUUGUCGCGUGCUACUCUUAUAAGAGAGUGACUCCCAACGGCUUCUACGCGAAGAUGAUGGAGAGCAGCAACACCUACUGCCAGCAGCCCGCUGCUAGAUUCCUCAGCAGUCUCUACCACAAUCUUCAAUUCGCAUCAACGAAUAUAUGCCUCUUAAAUCUCACUACAGCCAUCUGGCAGGCUAACAGAAUGCUCAGCCCAUCUUUGUUGGUGAACGGGGUCUUGUCGUUUGCUUCAUUCUGCUGCGGUCUUCACGAUCUCGCUUACAUACCCGACCGAAGAGGCUGGAGCGUCACAGUCGGCAGCGCACGAACCGUUUACAAUAUUUUAUUUCUUCUGAGCUACACUUUUGUUGCGAAGGAUGUUGCGCAGCUCGACCUGCAAAGCAGAUUAAGUCGUGGGCUCGAUCCAGUGCAGCUACAGGAACUACUACAAUCGGUCAAGGUUACUCUGGCUCUCACACGUAUCGAAUGUUGGCUGUAUCUCCUCUUUUCCGCGAUUUGCGUCAUGGGAAAAUACGUUGCGUAG